AUGCCGGUGAUGCGGGGUCUGAUCGCGCCACAGAACACCUUCUUGGAUACCAUCGCCACUCGUUUCGAUGGGACCCACAGUAACUUUGUCCUGGGGAAUGCCCAGGUCCAGUCCCUCUUUCCCAUAGUCUACUGCUCCGAUGGCUUCUGCGAACUGACAGGCUUCGCCCGCGGCGAGCUGAUGCAGAAGAGCUGCAUGUGUCACUUCCUGUACGGCAGUGAGACCAGCGAUCGCCUCACCGCGCAGAUGCAGAAGGCUCUGGAUGAACGUCGAGAGUUCAAGACUGAGAUCAUUCUUUACAAGAAGAGUGGCUCCAAGUUCUGGUGUCUGCUGGACAUUGUGCCCAUAAAGAACGAGAAGAGCGAGGUGGUUCUGUUCCUGGUCUCACAUAAGGACAUCACCGAAAAUAAGGACUUGGACCAUGGCAGUGAAUCUGACACUGAUGAAGAACCGGGCUUGGAGAUCUGCCAGAUCAGCCGCCCUCCAGGCUUAAACAUGGAGCGCCGCCGCAGCCGCGCUGUCCUCUACCAGCUGUCUGGACACCUACAAAAACAGGAGAAGACCAAGAGCAAGCUCAAGAUCAACAAUAGUGUCCUUGGAGCCAAUGCUAACCCGGUCCCAGAGUACAAGGUGGCAGACAUUCAAAAGUCCCGUCUCAUCCUCCUGCACUACGGUGCGUUCAAGGCCGGCUGGGACUGGCUAAUCCUGUUGGCCACGUUCUAUGUAGCCAUCACUGUUCCCUAUAAUGUUUGCUUCACUGCUGUGGAGAUACGAGAGGACGGCGGCUCAGCAGCACGAAACCCUCCGAGUGUGAGCGAUAUCUUGGUGGAGAUCCUCUUUAUCAUCGACAUCGUGUUGAACUUCCGAACCACCUACGUGAGCACGUCCGGUCAGGUCGUGUACGACGCCCGCUCCAUCUGCAUUCACUACGUCACAUCCUGGCUGUUUGUGGAUCUGAUCGCCGCAUUGCCCUUUGACCUGCUCUACGCCUUCAACAUCAGUGUGAACUUCGGGGUUAACCUGCUGAAGACGGUGCGCCUCCUGCGCCUCUUGCGCCUCCUGCAGAAGCUGGAUCGUUACUCCCAGUACAGUGCCGUGGUCCUCACCCUGCUCAUGUCCACGUUCGCCCUGCUCGCCCACUGGAUGGCCUGCGUCUGGUACUUCAUCGGACGCAGCGAGAUUGAAAGCAACAGCCCCGCCUCCUGGGAUAUAGGCUGGCUCCAUGAACUUGCCAAACGCUUGGGAACGCCAUACUUCCUGGCACCACUGACCUCCCUGUUGGGAGUCUCUGAUUCACCUCAGGGCACCAUGACAGCCGGACUGACCAAUCACAGCCAGUGGAAUGGCUCAGGGUUGGAGCCGCUGAACGGGGCGGGUUUGUUGGGUUUAGGCCAAUGGAACGGCAGCAGGACCAGAGCGAGGACGCCAAACGGCUCGGGGACGACGCUGAACGGCGGUCCAUCUGUCAGGAGCUCCUACGUGACGUCACUGUACUUUGCUCUGAGCAGUCUGACCAGCGUGGGCUUCGGCAACGUUUCAGCCAACACUGACUCGGAGAAGAUCUUCUCCAUCUGCACCAUGCUGAUCGGAGCAUUAAUGCAUGCUGUGGUGUUUGGUAAUGUGACUGCCAUCAUCCAGAGGAUGUACUCACGCCGCUCCCUCUACCACACCCGCACCAAGGACCUGAAGGACUUUAUCCGGGUGCACCGGCUGCCCAAGGCUCUUGAGCAACGCAUGAUGGAAUGUUUCCAGACGACCUGGUCCGUCAACAACGGUAUCGACGUCAGCGAGCUGCUGAAGGACUUCCCAGAUGAGCUGAGGGCCGACAUCGCCAUGCACCUGAACAAGGAGCUGCUGCAGCUGCCGCUCUUUGAAUCAGCCAGCAGGGGUUGCCUGCGCUCCCUCUCCCUCAUCAUCAAGACCUCCUUCUGCGCUCCUGGGGAGUUCCUCAUCCGCCAGGGAGACGCCCUCCAGGCUAUCUACUUUGUGUGCUCGGGCUCCAUGGAAGUACUAAAGGACAACACCGUGCUGGCCAUUCUGGGUCGGGGCGACCUGAUUGGCUCUCACUGUUUGACGCAGGAGGAAGUGAUUAAGACCAACGCCUGUGUAAAGGCCCUGACCUACUGUGACCUGCAGUACAUCAGCCUCAAAGGCCUCCGCGAGGUGCUCUGUCUCUAUCCCGACUACGCCCAAAAGUUCAUCACUGAGAUCCAGCAUGACCUGACGUACAACCUCCGGGAAGGACACAACGCGGAGGCAGACUGCGAGAGCAACGGAGGAAUCAUCAAGAAGCUUCCCUCCAUCAAGGAGGACGAGGAGGGAUCCGGGUCCGAGGGGGAACGCUCCCCUCUCCCGAAGAUGCCCGCCCUCGGAAGGCUGGGCCGAGGCCUGCGCUCCCCCCUGCGCUCCCCUUUGCGCUCCCCACUGCUGCCGCCGAGACCCUUCAGGCCGGCCAGCGGUCACACUCGGCCCGCCAGCCUGCAGAUCCCUGUGGUGAGCUUCAGCUGCCUGCAGUCGGACCUCAGCCCUCGGUUUGUGGACGGGAUCGAGUCAGAAAACCACAGCGCUGCAGCUCAGAAGUUUGAUUUUUCUCCCACUGCGACUGACAGUUUCCUACCCAGCCCUGAUUCGGCUACCUCAGGGGCCCACGAUGAUGGCGACACCAUGGAGACUGUUGCUAAGCUAAAACAUGAGAUGAGCGUCCUCUCCCGUCAGGUAACUGCUGUAAGUCAGGAGCUGCAGGAAAUGACACGUCUACUCAAACCUCUCUUCCACAACCCCGCCGCGCUGCUGCUGCCCACUGCCGUGACUCCGCCUCCCAGCGUGUCUUCACUCAGCUGCUCCCCGGCCCCACCCCUUCUUACCCAACAUGCACCUGCGGACCGUUCCGACGAUCACAACGCGCCACCCGUCAUGGUGCCUGAACCGUCCUCCGCUCGGCUGAGCAUGAAGGUGUUACAAGGAGAGUUUGAUCCACUCCAGCGUUCACCCUCCCGAACCAUCACCUGCCAUUAUCCUCCAGUUCCUCAUCAGGCCAGUAGGGCUCCCCCAUUCUCUCAUUGCUCAGCCCCCCCGUCACUCGACAGCUCUCCCCAUGAACACGCAGUUGUGCCACAUCCCUUCUCAUCCUCCUCCAUUCCUUCUCUUUCUUCAUCAAGCCACCCGUCCUCCAUCAUCCCCCUUUUGGUAGACUUAGGACCUGGCGGUGAGCCACAAACACAUCCUCAAUCCCACGACCAGCUUCUGUCCCAGUCCGAGUCCCAGCUCCACUCCCAGCCCCGGUCCCAGUUCGUAUCCCGGUCUUAUCCCCAUUCCCUCUCCCAGCCUCACCUCCAGCCCUUUCUCCAGCCCUCCGGCAUGGCAUCACACCCCCGAGAACCCCUCCUCAACCUGCAGGAGAUGGAGUGGGGGGAGCAUACCGCCCAGCUCAGCUUCAUCGAUGAAGGUCAGCCGUCGGUGUGAACAGAGAAGAAGAAGACCCUGACACUGGCACAGGACUGACAGACAGGCCCAGCAUGCCACACAACUUACUGCAUGACAAACAUUUGCCUAAAGUUUGGCAUGUGAGCCACAAUUUAAAUACGUCGAUUUUAACUAUUAU